CUCGCGAGUGUCGCCGAGCGGCCCAGCCCGUGGGACUCGGCCGGAACUGAAUCGAAAUUGGAGGACCGACGGAGCUGUAACAGACCGUGGCGGUCGCUGCCAGCGCAGAAUAGGAAUCGUCGGCGCGGCUUGGUUUGGUAGGUAUGGGGAUUCAGGAUUCCAGGAAACAGGGCCGAAAUGGCGCUGUACGGAGCAUACAUAUAAAGGUCGAGUCGAUGGCCGUUUCAAACAUCACCGCUGGCUUCCGCGCUCCUCCAUCCUCGCCAACUCGGAUCCCUCCAGCUCAGCAGCCGCCACGAUGAAGUCGCUCACCAUUGCCGCCCUGGCAGCCCUCUGGGCCCAGAACGCGUCGGCCCACGCAACCUUCCAGCAACUCUGGGUUGACGGCGUCGACUACGGCUCGCAGUGUGCCCGCCUGCCGGCUUCCAACUCCCCGGUCACCAAUGUGGCUUCCAACGAUGUCCGGUGCAAUGUCAUCGGCACUCGUCCCGGUGCCAAGUGCCCCGUCAAGGCCGGCUCGACUGUCACCGUUGAGAUGCACCAGCAACCCGGUGACCGCUCGUGCUCCAGCGAGGCCAUCGGCGGCGCCCACUACGGGCCCCUGAUGGUGUACAUGACCAAGGUGUCGGACGCGGCCUCGGCCGACGGCUCGACAGGCUGGUUCAAGAUCUUCCAGGACACGUGGGCCAAGAACCCGUCGGGCGGGUCCGGCGACGACGACUUCUGGGGCGUCAAGGACCUCAACAAGUGCUGCGGCAAGAUGAACGUCAAGAUCCCCGCCGACCUGCCCGACGGCGACUACCUGCUGCGCGCCGAGGUCAUCGCCCUGCACACGGCCGGCAGCCCCGGCGGCGCCCAGCUGUACAUGACGUGCUACCAGCUCACCGUCACGGGCGGCACGGGCACCGCCAGCCCGGCCACCGUGCUCUUCCCGGGGGCCUACAAGGCCAGCGACCCGGGCAUCCAGGUCAACAUCCACGCCGCCAUGUCGACCUACGUCGCCCCCGGCCCGUCCGUCUAUGCCGGUGGCUCCACCAAGCCCGCCGGCAGCGGCUGCACCGGCUGCGAGUCGACCUGCGCCGUCGGGUCCGGGCCGUCCGCAACCGCGCCGAAGCCCACGUCCUCGCCCUCGGCUACCUCGGCGCCCGGCGGCGGUGGUGGCUCGGGCGGGUGCGCUGUUGCCAAGUACGGCCAGUGCGGCGGCACGGGCUACUCUGGGUGCACCAGCUGUGCUUCCGGUUCGACCUGCAGCGCUGUCUCGCCUCCUCACUACUCGCAGUGCCUCUAGCUUCCAAGUCGGUAAGGAAAGGGUGUCGCUCUGAGUCUCGGUUGAGUCCUGCUAGAGCAAGUCUAAGGCCGACACAGCACAUGACCCAACAGGCGGGGCAACUUGUGAAACAGACAAAUUCUUGUACAUAGUUUGAUCUUUUGCAACUGUGAAUAACACCUGCAUUACAUAAGUGCAAUCUG